UGCGGCUGAGGGAGUGGUGGUCCAACGCAUCAGAUCUGGUUUUACCCGAACUUAGAUCUAGGAAUGUGGUGACUGGAGAUGCUUGAGGACGGUGUCUCCUGCUGUCACAUUUUAUCCUGCAUCUGUUUAGGUCUCUCCGGAAUUUUUCCCGUGCGCUUGGUCUUCUCCUCCGAGUGUAGAGGCGUGUGCGGCGCUGUCAAGCUCUUCGUUGGUCUCGUGUUCUUCCUCCGGUGUGGCGUCUGGUGGUAUUCGAGGCUGCUUGUUGAGUUGGAGCUCUGAGUUUCGCCGUCUCCGGUAAGGCUCGUGUCUCUCUGUUUUGUUUGUGGUGCCUCUGGUGUGUUCUCCGUUGGUAGUAGCGCGUGUGGGUUUCGUGGAUGGCGGAGGCGUCGGUUCGCUUCUCUGUGGUCCCUCGUGGCAGCGUGUUGGUGUUUAGCUUCCUCUGGUUCGUCUCAGUUCGUCUGUGGCUCCGGUAUGGGCAGUCACCCCUCAAAUCAAAAUGGUGGUAGCGGUUGUGGCCUGCUCCGUCCCUCGCUCUUCUCAAAUAAUCUCUUCAACAUGGUGUUCGUGUCUCGUGAGCGAGUAUCAGCUCAGGUGUGUUCUUUGGUGCGAUAGUUAGUCACUCGGGUCAUAGUGUGGCUUCGGAUUUGUUUCCUCCGGAGGGUUGUCCGGUUCACGAUCCGUCUACUCUAUAUGGGUAGCGGUUAGAUGGUGUAUACGGUCCCGGUGGAAUGCAAAAGAGGCGGUAAUCUCUGGCGCAAACUAUUGAACGACGGCAUCGUCGUGUCUCGGCUUCUCCUCGUACCGCCGGUGGUUUCUAUUUUCUGGCCUUUCUAUGGUUUCGUGUUCAGAUUCUCCGCUCGAGUACGCUAUGGGUUCUCGUUGGAAGCUGUAGGAACCGUAGCAUUCAGGGUUUGAGGGCGCCCUUCUCUCGGUAGCUCGCGGCAACUUACGGGUUUUCUCAUCUAGUUCUUGUGGUUGGUAGGUCUGCGCCCUUCUCGCUAUUAUCCGUUUAAUCGCUUGAGUUUGUAUUGCUUUCGGUCUGUUCCGUUGUUGCUGCGUAGUUAUUAUGGUGUUGUUGUUUGUUGUUUCCGCUACUUGUUUACACUGUAACGUCUGUCAAAAAUUGAAAAUCGGUAAUAAUAUUUAACAUUUUUACCAAAAAAAAAAAAAAAAAAAAGUCAAUGAUCUAACUCAGUUAUGUUCUCAAUCUCUUCAAACUAGACACGAUCCAUCUAUCUCUUUUCGUUUAUAUCCUACAAUCUCUCAACUGUAAAGCCUGUGUGUUAGUUCCAAAUACCAAACAACCAUUUCUGUAGCAAAAUGAUAUGUUUUAUUAGAAGAAGCAUUCCACGACCAAAGAAUUUAGAUGAGAAAAUUCAAACUUCGUUGUACCUUAUUUAUAACAGAACUCAGACCGACGUACAUGAUCACAACAUGUAAUAAAAACAUAUAGAAAUAAGAAAAAGGAUAAUUGAAAACUCCUCCUAAAGUCAUCUAGAAAAUUAAAUACUCCUAAAAUCAUAAGUUGAUCUAUAGCAAAAAGGCAAACCCACUAGGUUGUUAAUCAUAGUGACGAAAUAAGAACUAUCCAUUUUUUUAAACUAUUAAUUGUUGGAGCUUAAUCUUAAGACAUGGUAUACCGACUCAUUUUAGGAUGACUUUCUAAUAAAUUUAUUACAUAAUAAAAUGACCGAAUUAUGAAAGCGAUUAAUGCAUCACUGCAAACACAAAGAAAAAUUUCAAGUGCCAAAACUGGAGUUAGCUUGAAUAUGAUGAGACAUGAGAUGAUACAGAAUUAAAUGAGUAUGAAUUAAUUUUCAUAAGUUUAAUGUACAGAAUAUUUGAUCUGUGAUUGUAUUUUAGAAUUCAUCGCAUCAAACGAUCACACUAUGAAGAUUUACAAGAUUUAAAGUAGUGUUUUACCUUCAUACAACCCCAUAUUUGUUUAUCAUUUUUCCAAUAUCAAUUAUAAUGUAAAAUUAUGUUUUGUAUUAAAUUAUUUUCAAUUAUUGAAUUUUGUCAAAUUAUAAAAUAAUGGUUCUACUAACAAUUUGAGGCAGUAUGGAAAAGACUCCAUAAUUCUGUAAGAAAUGAUGAGAGGCACCGCCGACAAUCUUGUAAACCAAACACCUAAUUCAAGUUUUAAGGUUGACAAACAAAAAUGUGUUCGGAGAGUUUAUGUUCUUCAAUUUGUGGUCUUACCACUCAGAUCAAAUAAAAUCGUCGUCCCUACCAUCAACAAAAAUUAUUUGGUGGUAGCGCCAAAACCAUCCAACAAAGAUGAUUUAUCUUCAUGAUAUUUAAGAAUAUUUAAUGUCCUGCAACAAACUCAUAAAAUAGGAUUCAAUGGCAUUAAAGGAACGUAAUUGACUAAAUUUCAAUAAAAAAGCUAACAGUAAUCAUUUUCUUGAAACCGUAUAGUAUUACAAUAAUCUAAUCCAAAACAAAUGUAUAAAAAACAAACUUGUCGUCUCAAAGUUUCUUUCUCUUUAACUUAACAUUGAAGCAAGAUCCGGAGAAAAAAAAGCAUGCUCCUUUAAUUUCAUGGUUUCAUACCUCAAACCAGCUUGGCUUCUCUGUUUUGUCUUUAAACCCUCAACGACAAAAAACAAAAACGGCAAAUCACAUUUUGUUUUGUCUGGACACAAAAACGCAAACUUUAUGCACAACCUACUAGUAAAAAAAAAGAAAAGAAACACAACAUCGAAAAUCUCUCGGUCUCUCACAGUUAUGAAGCCUAUCUACCAAUUCUUUGCCGUCUUCUGGCUCUUCUUCUUACCUUUCACUGUGAUCUCCGGCGACAACAACAAGAAUCUGAUCUUCAAAGGUUGCGCAAGUCAGAAAUCUCCGGACCCAACUGGUGCUUUCUCUCAGAACCUCAACACUCUCUUCACUUCCUUACUCUCUCAAUCCGCGCAGAGAUCUUUCGCCUCCACAACCGCCGGAACCGAUAACACAACCGCCGUAACCGGCGUUUUCCAGUGCCGCGGCGACCUCCCCGCCGCCCAGUGCUACGACUGCGUCUCCAAAAUCCCCAAACUCGUCUCCAAGCUCUGCGGCGGAGGCGGAGACGACGGGAACGUGGUGGUGGCGGCGCGUGUGCAGCUCUCCGGCUGUUAUAUCCGGUACGAAAUCUCGGGGUUCCGGCAGACUUCCGGUACCGAGAUGCUGUUCCGUGUCUGCGGGAAGAAACAGUCCGGCGAUCCUGGGUUCGCCGGGAAGAGGGACACGGCGUUUGGUGCGGCGGAGAACGGCGUGAAAACGGGAGGCGACGGCGGAGGGUUUUACGCGGGGCAGUAUGAGUCGGUGUACGUGUUGGGACAGUGCGAGGGUAGUUUGGGAAAUUCAGAUUGCGGGGAGUGUGUGAAAGAUGGUUUCGAGAAAGCAAAGAGUGAGUGUGGGGAUUCGAUCUCUGGUCAGGUUUAUCUUCACAAGUGCUUCGUUAGCUACAGUUACUACUCUCAUGGCGUUCCUAACAUUUCUCCACUUUCAGUAAUCUAUGAUGGACUGAACGUCAAUGGAAAGUCAUUGUUUAUGGUGGCUAAGGAAUGAUGGUCUUUGGUUUGUGUAAUGUACGUCUAAAUACGAAGAAGAGAGAGAUUCACAAGGACAUAGUGUGGUGUUGUGUGAACUCUCUUGAUCGGCAAUCUAAAAACGGAUCAAGACUUGUUAAAAAACACUAGAUUCGCAAUGAAAGUGUGAGAAGCUCAGUAGCCUAAAGCUGUAAGCUAAUAAAAGUGGACGUUUUGCUUUGUUAACAUCAAGAUAAUACUGGGUUUGAUAAAUACUAUAUACUAGAUUGAGAUUCAAAGCUGUGUCUAACUCUUGUGUUUACGAAAAAAAAGGAAACAAAGGAUCAGAAUUAAUAGGUUAACCACAUAAGCUUCAGUGAUGCGAGUGGUAAGCAUGAGUACCAGCAGAAGAAACAGUUACAUGCUCAAUGAAAAACCAUUGGAGGCUGUGGAGAUGGUGACUGGAAAUCAUGUCUGAUGCGAAAUGAGAAAGAGACUACAGAAGAAUCAUCAGAAUUACACAUAGUGCAGUCGAUGUUGCUUGAAAAGUCUGAUGAAACAGACUUAAUUGCGGCGAGUUCAGAGGGAUCAUUGCAAGGUUUGGAGAAUCAGCCUGCAGUUUUAUUACACUACUGAGCAGACCAGAAAUGGUUCUCCCUUCAGUGAAUCAAUUACGGAAGAAAUACGAACAAAGAGAACUGAAGCAAAGAACAACCAAAAGAUAAACAAUACGAUGAGAACCAAUUCAUACUCGAUCUAAAAAUAGGGAUAUCCAAAACUAUAAAUUAUGUGUUAUAUUUUUUUAUAUAUCUAUGUUUUAGUUCAAAUUUCUUUUUGUUAGCAAUCUUCAUUAUUUUUAAUAAUAUUUUUAAAUAAUAUAAAACUUUAAAUGUCAAAUUUAGAAAUUAAAAAUGUUUAAUUUCAGUUAUUUAUAGUUUUUUUUUUUGGUUAUUUUAUAAAAUAUUAGAUGAAUAUGACGGAUUUAGCUAAAUUUUAAUGGAAUUCGGGUUGGAUCCUUAUCAGAUCCUAAAUAUUUAAAUCCGACCUUGAUCUAAUAUGAAUUCGAAAAUAUUUUACCGGUAUUUUAAUUAUAGUCCAUGACCUGAACUAAAAAAAUUCCAAGUAUGUAAGUGUCUAAAUGUCUAAAACCCAAAUGAUCCAAAAUGUGUAAAACCCAAAAGAUCCAAAUUCGAGAGGAAAUUCCUUCGCUCUGCAACGGAUAUAACGAGACAUGGUCCACGAAUUUUGUUUUGAAUCAAAUUUCCAACUCUAAUUACAUGUAGCAUGAGCCGUACAUAUGUUUGUUGUAAGAGAGACUUGGUCUGUUAGCUGAAAAUCACAUUCGAAGCCGUUUUCCUUCGCACACACAUUCGAAUGAUGUCUCUUCGUUUUUAACUGAAAGAGACUUGUACAUAUUGACAUUGUUGAAUAAUUUUGGCAUGCUUCAAAAUUCCAUCGUCAUUAACCUAAUUCUGAACUUGGCUCGUCAAAAUUACAGGUUACGCACAAGAGGUUUCAAACCUGCUUAAUAUUGCACCUAGAAACCUUAUUGAAAUGCCUUCACCAUGUAUCCAUCUAUUAGCUCCAGUUUAGCAUUUAUCAAUUCUGCCUGUAACAGAUGUUAACAGUAUUAAUAUGAAUGUUUAGAAGA